GAGAAUCCGGGGACUUCUUCCGCGCCGGACCGGACGGGUUUUUUUUUUCUUUUUUUUUUCCGAGAGAUGGCCGGCGGCAAAAACAAAGACUAUUGCAGAGCACCGACUGUGGAGUAGCAGGAGAAGAAGACGGCUGCCUUUGGCAUGAUUCCAGCAAAAGAAAGGCAAUCCUGACCAGUUCCCCUUUCCCUCUUUGACGGGACAGUAGAGGUUCACAAAGUUAUUCAGGUGCUUCUUGUGAUGUUGGAUCAUGUUUAGCUAUUUGGUGGACAAACUUUAGUGUCGCUGUCUUUCAAUACAUGUUGCUCUCGCAGUCGCAGGAGGAUAAUGCCAUGGGGAUUAAAGCACCUUCCCUUCAGGAUUUCAUCAUGCGUGCUCGUGUACUGAAGCUCUACAGGGAUGCAUUGAGGACUGCUCGGCGAGCUCCUCCUCACUCCAGAGAUGAGCUGAAGCAAGCAAUGAGGCAAGAAAUGGAGAAGAACCGGAAUUGUCAUGACAGGCAGAGAAUUCGCUUUCUGAUUAGUGAAGGAACACAGAGAUUAAGAGACUUAGACCAGAUGCUUGAUAUGCAGGGACAUUCUCAGUAACUCACUUCAAGUAGAUUCAGCCUUUCACAUAAUUCAGUUUUAACAUUUGCUAUUUGAGCUGGUAUUUAAAUGGUGUUCGCAAUCUGCUUUUAGUGCUUAUCCAUGGACCAUCAUAGUCCAAAUUGGUGGAGCUUGUAUUUUUCUAGUUAUGGGGAAUAACCCCUUCUUGAUGAAAGAUCAUAACCAUCCUUCUCUGUCACGUAAAGGCUGAGAUCCGGCUUUCUUAAAUCUUUUUCUCGUUAUGAACAUAUUAACAAUAUUUAACUUUAUAUGCAUAUUGCAGCCCCAUUGCAUAGAUCUCUUAGUUUUCA